AUGUAUGUGUGUGUGCAGAUCCUGCCUGCGUCGUGUGACAUGCUGCCCUCCAUGGUCCUGCUGUUCAGGCUGCUGGACCUGACGGGGGAGCGGAGCCAGGCCGGCACCACACUGGGCUGGGCCGCCUUCCCUGUCUGCCACGCCACCCUCACAACUGUCCAGGGGCGCUUCAAGACCCCCAUCCUCAGGGGGCUCCCGCACCCCCACCUCGACCAGUUCCGCAAGAUAGAAGGCCUUAUGUCAGCCGACCUGGACAACUGGCUGUGUAACCUGUACUUCCAGGUGAGGAAGCUCCCCAGUGGCAGCUCCAGAGGGGAUGAGGAGCACAGUGUCACCCUGCAGAUCCCUCCUCUCCUCGUCCCCCCUUCGCCCCCCCAGGCAGGCCCAAGCGACUCCAGCCCCAGCCGGGGGAGAGGCGGCGUCAAGCCGUGUCACCGGGGGUCCCCUCUCCACCUGUCUGCCUCACACUCCUCCUCUGCCUGCUCCUCCUCCACUCUGCCAGGUAGGGCUCCCCCACCGUCACCCCCACCACCCCCUACUGCCAGCGGCCACAGUGGGGGACAAAUUAAACCUAAUGUCACAGACAGAGUGGCAGGUCUCCAUGGCUGUCAAAGGAGGUCAGGCAACAUCCUGGCCAACGGAAGUGUCCCCGACAAGAGCAUUCUGGGAGAUUUAUGUUCUGCCACACAGGCAAAGUACCAGUCCUCCACACCCACCUCCUCUACUCUACAAAAAGAAAGAGGGGGGAACAACAGAGAAAAUUCAGGUGAGGAGGUGGCUGGAGAAGAAGUGAACCUGAUCCGUACCUUGAGUAACGGAUCAAAAGGUGUCCCUCACAGCACCUCGCGGAGGCCCGUGAAGGCACCGCUCCGGAAGAACUCCACAGUAGUGGUCCCUGAGAAAAUAGAGGAGAUGAGAGAUCCCUACACAGAGAAAGCAGAGACAUGGAUGCACUACAAGAAGAAGCCAAUCAACAAGAUAAAUAGCUCGAGCGCCCAUGUGAGAGGGAGCGCCGCACCUCCACCGCUUCUGCAGGGCCAGGCUGACAAACAGGAGACAGCAGCUCCGGCUGUAGCAUCAUCGGAGAAGAGGGAGAAUCUCUGGGCUAAGGAGAUGGAGGAGUAUACGUUCUCCCUACAGCCUGUGCUCUCCUACAGAGGGCUGGGCGGUGGCGGCACCGGCAGUGGUAGCAAUGGUGGGGCUGCUGAGCGUACACAUUUGGCUCUCCGCAUGAUCCCGUCAGAGCUGGGCCUGUCACCGCGGCGCUGGGGCUGGCGCUCCUCCUCAGCAGCAGCAGCAGCAGCACAGCUCUGCCUCAUUAUGCCGCUCCUGGCUUUGAUCUGGUUUGCGAGGCUCUACCUGCAUUACUGCAGCCAGUGGCUCUUCCUCCAGGCCAUCGCAGUUCCUGUCAACAAAUUCCAGUUCCAUGCUCACACCGUGGAGCUGGUCUACCAGAAUUCCUUGCUUCAUACCCGCGAGGAGUUGGCUAUGGUCGUGGUGGGACCUCUGACCUUGAACGCCGUAACGUUGCUGCUGCUCCUGAUCAGAUGGUGCUGUCAGCUAGCGUUUGGCUCACUCCCCUCCUUCACGUCAAACUUUAUCAUGGCUUUGGGAGUGUGGACAGUGCUGGACCCGCUGGCGGUCUUUGUAGUGGAUGCCUUCCUGGGGCGUCUGUCCUACAGUGCAGAGUCUCCUGUUGCGGAUGCAGCCAAGCUCUACUGGCACUUCUACCGGACCGACCAAUCAGGGGCAGCUGGAGUGGUCAUCACCCUCUUCCUCUAUGCCAUCCUCUUCCUCCUCUCCACCACCAUCCUCUACCUCUACUUCCUCAGACUCCACAACGAGGGGCGCAUGCUGGACAUCUUCCAGCGUCUCAGCGUGACCGAGGGAUCCUUCUUUGUCCCCCGGGACCUGGAGGUGUCCAACCAGGAACUAGACUACAUCAUCCAGAAGGCCGAGCAGUGGAGGGGCUUCAACGGAGAAAGACGCAAGGUGUCAGUGUAUGACUACAUCUGGACAGAGGAGGGCCCCUUGGCGGGCUGUGCCCCCCCCAGGGGUGACCCUCAUGGGGCCGUGCCCGCUGCAGGGGGUGAGAGCAGUACCCACGUGUCUGUCUACACCCUCUACCUGAGCGGGCAGCGCCACCGUUACAGGCACUUCCUACGCCAGCCGGACGGUGCCAUCCUAGAGGUGAUUGGUGACAUGGACGGGGCAGAGCCUCCUCUCAGCACUAUGCCCCGCCCAGGUCAGAGGACACCAGAGGUGAACCAGGAAGACGAAGGCCCAAGCUCCACCCUCCAACUCAGGGAGAGGAAAAGGAGGAAGCCUGUUUGGCGUACUCAUCGCGUCGAGCCAGUAGGAGACAGUGGGCAUGGCUCGAGCUGCAUUGCAAGGCCUUAGCCACUAAUGUCACUGUGAAAUGAAACAAAGCAGGAGAGGACACCCAGGUACUGUCAACUAGCACCUCCACCGACCGCAUCAACUGAAGGGACAGGGACUAUUGACAUACCCCUGGCAAUAGACAACUAGCACCUAAGGCUCAACCGACCACACCAAUUGACAGGACAGGGAUUAUACACAUACCACUAUAUAGACAAUAGACAACUAUCACCUCAACCGGCCACACCAUAUGAAUGGACAGGGACUAUAGACAUACUGUACCUCAGUGAUGGACAGUGACUGAUGGAUCAAUUCAGAAUGUGUUUAUGAGCACUCUCAAGCAUACUCACAGAACAGUUGAAAUUGUUCCUGAUGAUACACAUAGAGAUGGUUCCGUUAGAAUCAGGCUUCUACAAGAGCUUUUUCCACUGGAGGUACUGGUGCUAACAACUUUUUCACUUGAGGCACCAGCACAUGAUUUGAUCGUACUAACAAAAAUAAAAAGAUAAUCGCUAAUGACCUGGCCUGUGUCCCAAAAUGUGCCUGCAUUCCUUACAGAACCAGGCUAAUCAUGACUAGCCAUCUUUUAAACUAGCAUGCCCUUGUGUUCAAAGAAAAGAGACUUAAAAUAAUGUGCAGAUUUCAAAGUGCCAUGUGUUCUUUUCUGCGAAAUCCUCUAGGCGGCAGAAUUUGAAAAAACUAUACUAGAUACCAAAACGAUACCACCAACAACAACAAAAAAUGGGGAGGACUGUGAUUUGACCCAGUUUUUCAGGUUUUGGCUCUUAAGAAUCACAAAAUGGGAUGUUCUAAGUCCACAACAAUGCUUAAACCGCAUCAGGGGACCAUUUUUGAGGUCUGUGAAAAAUGUUUUUUAAAUUCAGGUGUGCACCAGCCAGACCGGUGUGUUUGUUUCUGUAGUGCACUUGUGAUGGAGUUUUCAAAACAAAUGGCCACAGGAUUGAUUCUGCCAGGUAGGCAUAGGCUACUUUGUAGUUACCUUUUAAUUGCCUUUACAUCUACCUGAAAACGGGAGGCUAUCGAUAACAUCACUAACUGCUACACAGUGUUAGACAUAUAGGCCCUAUGCGCACCGCGCACAGCAGGGCGUGUCUACUGGCCCGAAUGUAAAAAAAUACUGGCCUGGGUCAAGAUCUGACAGAAAAGGGAAUGAUGCAUACAUAAUUUCAAUAGAAGGUGAGCAAGUAGCAUAUACAGGGUUCGUACAGACAUUGGCAAUUCAAAUUCAAGGACUGUUUCAAGCACUUAAUUGUAAUUUUCAGGGACCUAAAUUUGACAUGUAAUUGUUGGGAAAAAACUCUCCCCAAAAUGUAUGCCAACAAAAAAGUAUGCAUUACCACUUUAAAAGUAAUGAUAAAAAAAAUAUAUAUGUAGGCCUACCUAAUGGCAUUAUGCAUUGAAAUUCAAAUUAUUUUUACAUUUUAAAAUGUCAGAAUAAUGUGGACACAAACACACUAAUGGAUUCUGCCCAUGUGGUAGCUAGUCAGUCUGAAACAAACGCACUAAUGGAGUCUGUCCAUGUGGUAGCUAGUCUGUCUGACACAAACACACUAAUGGAGUCUGUCCAUGUGGUAGCUAGUCUGUCUGACACAAACGCACUAAUGGAGUCUGUCCAUGUGGUAGCUAGUCUGUCUGACACAAACACACUAAUGGAGUCUGUCCAUGUGGUAGCUAGUCUGUCUGACACAAACACACUAAUGGAGUCUGUCCAUGUGGUAGCUAGUCUGUCUGACACAAACGCACUAAUGGAGUCUGUCCAUGUGGUAGCUAGUCUGUCUGACACAAACACACUAAUGGAGUCUGUCCAUGUGGCAGCUAGUCUGUCUGACACAAACACACUAAUGGAGUCUGUCCAUGUGGUAGCUAGUCUGUGUGACACAAACACACUAAUGGAGUCUGUCCAUGUGGCAGCUAGUCUGUCUGACACAAACACACUAAUGGAGUCUGUCCAUGUGGUAGCUAGUCAGUCUGAAACAAACGCACUAAUGGAGUCUGUCCAUGUGGUAGCUAGUCUGUCUGACACAAACGCACUAAUGGAGUCUGUCCAUGUGGUAACUAGUCUGUCUGACACAAACACACUAUUGGAGUCUGUCCAUCUGGUAGCUAGUCUGUCUGACACAAACACACUAUUGGAGUCUGUCCAUCUGGUAGCUAGUCAGUCUCGCCAUUUGAGAUGUUGGAGUAUGAUUGAGGUGUUAUUGUACCAUGUUUUAAACUUCCCUUUGUAAUGGAAUGCAUUGUAUGGAAAACCAAUUUGAAGCCAACAUUCGAUGUUGUCUUGCUCAUAAUAAGUCCUGUGUAGCUUGAGUUGUCGAUUUCCACGGGGGACCAGUAAGAACAAAUGACAAAAAUAGAUGCACUCACUACUGUAAGUCGCUCUGGAUAAGAGCGUCUGCUAAAUUACUCAAAUGUAAUAACUGCACAUUGUUUUACCGCAACAGAGUAGCUCAAAUCCCUUCAAUUGAAACAUUAGGGAACAAAGGUAAGCAGCUACAUCUCUCAUAGAAACUGAUCAGAAAUGGAAUCACAGAAUAAUUAAAUUGGAGCAGUAGACCUUCUAAAUUGACAACCAUAACUUCAAUGACUUUCCAAGGACCAAAUAGCCUAAAGGAAAUGUCUGAUUUUCAAGGUAGGCUAUUCCCUGAUUACUGAAUUGCGCAUUGCAAAUAUUCAACCGAGACUUUGAACUUUUUAAAGACCUGGUUUGCAUACCCAUUCUUGCCUUAGCAUUUACUCUCAUAAAUUGGAACAUCUUUCCUACCGCUGUUGGUCUUCUGUGAAUUGCUCCAUGCAACAAUCAGCUGUUGAUGAGCUGCUUGCUCUCUCUGCCUGACAGAUCAUCAAUAGGCUAUAAAGUACAAGUCAAAAGUUUGGACACACCUACUCAUUUAAGGGUUUUUCUUUAUUUGAACUAUUUUCUACAUUGUGGAAUAAUAGU